AUGUCAGUUGCGGAGCUCGAAUGUGGCUCCCCAUUCGAGCCAAGAUGCCCUCCCCCCAUCGGUGAGUUCUCUGAAACGCAAUCCUGCCACGUCUACGCCGGUCACGGGGCACAUCUCCCAGCCAUACGAGAUGAAUCACCUGUCCCGUUCCACCACUCUAUUUCUAUCUCCGCUGCUCCAGUUCAGUGGGGCGCUCUUCAGCAACAGCAUCAUGCGAUGGCGCAUGCCAUGUUGUCGGCAUACGAUCCAUUACCAGACCCCACCCCUUCAUCUUACACCCUUCCUUCGAACGAUCCACCCAUGGUCGAAUCCUUGUUUGGCCCAGCUUAUGGUACUGUUCAGCAAUCUUUGAACCCACCAGGCAGGUAUCCACAGUGCGGACAAUCAAGCAUUGUCCCGAAUCAGGUGGCAUCGAAUUCGCAAUCAUCAGUUCAUCUGAACUAUCAACAGCAGCUAUAGCCAUCGUAUAGAAAUGCCAGAAGGGCG